AUGGGCUCCCCCCAGUGGCCUGCAACUGGUUAUCCUGAGAUACCCACUGGCCUUGAGGGUGGCAAGGGCUGCCUGUCCUGCGCAGACCUGCUCACCCAGGCAUUUGCUCCUCAGAUUGGCUCGCCUUCAUCUUUCGGGACUCCAGGGCUCCCGACGCAAGAGCGCAGCCCCCAGCGACUCCCAUCCCCCGCUUCCUCCGACACCAGCGCGCCCCACGUGGCCCACCCGCCCCUCGCCCUGGAGACCUUCGAGUGCCUGACCGCGAGCCACGCCAGAGGCCUGUGGGAACAGCUGCAGCACUUCUGGGCUGACCACUUCUCGCGCCGCUUCUCGCCGCGGAGGCCGCCGCUGCGCCGCAACUCGUCCAAGUCCACCUUCUACCUGCUGGACCACCGCACGCGCCAGGCCGAGCUGGGGCUGAGCUACGGCGCGCCGCGCACGCGCCUGAGCAACGAGACCUUCGUGUUCCGCGGCGGCCGCUGGACCGCGGAGGGGCAUGUGGCGCGCGCGCGGCCCCCGCUGCCCUCACCCGCCGGCUUGGCUUGGAAGCCGCAGGUGCAGCGGGGCAAGAGCCAGGUGCUGCUGGAGGAGAACAACUACCUGGAGCUGCAGCAAGAACUGCUCAUGGACAUGCUGGUCGAGACUACGGCGCGCAUGCACCUGCUGGAGAAGAAGGUCGAUUCCCAGACCGACGCCGCGGCCGAGGCACUAGCCUGUCAGAGGAAGAUGCGCAAGCGCUAGGGCGCCGGCAUGCUCAGGAUCCAGCCGCACGCUCUGGAGUCGCGGUGA